GCCACGUGUGAAGUCCCGCAGAGCGCGGGCCACCCGAGGGAAGGAGGCGCGCGGGACCUCACGGUCUCUGACUUCUCCCCUGCGCAGGAGGCGGCCGUCGGAGAGAAGCCGGAGGAGCGGGCUUUCCGAACUGUGCUCGGGACGGGUUGGACGCACAUCCCUCGGGAGGGACAAAGCUAUGGAGAGAUUGGGGCAGAUCAUCUCCUUAUGCAAUCUCAUCUACAAAAAGUGUGAAGAGAUGAAAUACUGCCAGAGACAGUGCCGGCGUCUAGGGGAGCGUGUCCUCAGCCUGCUCCCGGCUCUCGAGAUGCUCCAGAAGCAAGUAAAUGGGAACCUGCCCCCUGAGGAGGUAACCGCCGCCCUGGACCGGUUCCAGGCUGCCCUGGAGGAGGCUAAGAAGCAGAUAGAAAAGUUCAAAGAUAAGGCCAAAAUGUGGAAGUUUCUACUGUCGGGCCAAAACAAAAUACUCUUCAAGGAAGUGAACGAGAAGCUGAGUGAUGCCCGGGAGGCGCUCUCGCUGCUACUUCAGGCUGACCAGCGGAUGUCUGCUUUAAGCGUCAGCCGAAGAGCGUCCUGGCUACGAGAAGAUCAGGGGGACGCAGAGGAAGACUUGCGAGCUUUCCAAAUUCUGAGGAAAACUGAAACUAUAGAAGCUUCUUUGAGGCAGCUGGAAAGCACCAUGAAAGAAAUAAAGGAAACCUUGAGGCAGUACCUACCACCAAAACCCACGCAUAAGAUCCCUCCAGAAGAAGUCAAGGAGAUUAAGAAGGAGGAGCUUACAGGGUCCCCAUGGAUCCUGCUAAAGGAAGAUGAAUUCAGCACACUUUAUAAAGGAGAAUAUCACAGAUCUCAAGUAUCCAUAAAAGUAUUCAACAAACCCCAGGCCAAAAGCAUUGGGGCAGUGAGGGACACUUUCAGUAAUGAGAUCAAAACCAUGAAGAAAUUUGAUUCUCCCAACGUCCUGCGUAUAUUUGGGAUUUGCAUUGAUGAAACAGCGACUCCGCCUCAAUUCUCCAUCGUCAUGGAGUACUGUGAACUUGGGACCCUGAGGGAACUGUUGGAUAAAGAAAAGGAACUCACUUUCGGUGUGCGUGUCGUCCUAGUCCUGGGGGCCGCCAGGGGCUUGUACAGGCUACACCAUUCGGCAAAUCCUACACUCCAUAGAAAAAUCAGCAGCUCAAGCUUCCUUGUAACUGCAGGCUACGAAGUAAAGGUGAGUGCAUUUCAAGGGGCUCUUCAGGUCAGACCUGCAUCAGUUUCUUGGUUUUCUUUUAGCUUUGGAAUCGUCCUCUGGGAGAUCGCCACUGGCAAGAUCCCGUUUGAAGGCUGUGAUUCUAAGAUGAUCCGCCAGUUGGUGGUUGGGAAGCGGCAGCUGGAGCCACUGGGUGAAGAUUGCCUUGAAGAGCUGCAGAAGAUCAUCGAUGAGUGCCUGGCCUAUGAGCCCUCCGUGCGGCCCUCUGUGGAUGAAAUCUUAAAGAAACUGUCUGCCUUUACUAAGUAGCGUAUCAAAACCUGAACGAAAGAGUCCUUGGACAAGAAGCUGGGAGAGGCACACACAGGACAUCUCUCUCAUAUCCUUUGGCAUCAGGUUAUUUAUGGUCGCUGGGGGGCAGCACUUCUCGUUUACAAAUAGAAAGCAAUUUCUGUCCUACGGGACACAUCCUACUCCAAAUGUUAUUUUAAAAAAUACACUUCUGAUAGGAAUUUUGAUAGAUGGUUUGCCAAAAUGUAUCUCUGUGUCCAUACCUCUUGGCAAUGUAACUUUACAGCUCCUUACAUCAUGAAGUGGAGUUUAUUUCCCCACCAUUUGAAUCUGGGCUGGCAUUGUGACUUGAUUUGGUCAAUAGAAUGUGGAAGAAGCGAUGGUGUGCCAUUUCCAAACCCAGGCUUAAAGAGGCCUUAUAAAUGUCUGCUCUCUUUCUUGGAGCCCUACCCAGCCAUGAACAAGUUGGGCUAGAAUGCUGGAGGAUGAGAGACCACAUGGAACGAACAGAAAUAAGCUUUCCUAGCUGAGGUCACACUAGACCAGCCAGCCUGGCAGCUGACCUGGUUACAUGAGUGAUCCCAGUCAAGACCAGAAGAACCACCCAGCUGAGCCAGCCGA